AGCCGUGGUUUUCACUUAAAUGACGUGGUUUUUAAAGUGUCUUACUCGAUUUAUUAGCCAAAUACAUCAAAUAAGUGUUUUAAANAUUAAAGGUUGAUUCUUUCCUUGUUUGGAAGUCAACCUCCCACCCAGCGAUGGGAAGCUUGUACCCAUCGAUGGGUAGCUACCCGGAGCUGCAGGGCUACGACGACCUCGACGCGCAGCUUCAUCAGGCCAGCCUUUGGCCUUUCGUCUCCCGGGCUCGGAAGGAGAUCAACCCGGCGCUGAUUCGGGUCUUCUACUCCAACCUUCGGCGUGAGGGUGACGUGCUCUACUCUCUUGUCAAGAGCACGCCGAUAGAGCUUUCAAUUGAGCAGCUUGGGCGCAUCGCCGGCCUCCCCUACCAAGGCGACGACGUCUCCCACUAUGGCGGAGAGGACUGGGUGCUCAACAACGAGGGCCUUAUCCUCAACGAGCUUAGCAUCACCGAGCUCAUCCGCCAUGCCUCGGGCCGCCCCACCAUCCACACUGCUAACCCCGAAGGCCGUCUUCUUCUUUACAUCGUGUCCCGAAUCAUCAAGCCCCGGAAGCAUGGCCACACAAUCAUGUCCGGUGAGGACCUCAAACUCAUCCAUGCGAUCAUGCACUCGGCCCCAAUCAAUUGGGAAAAGUUUGUCAUGAUCAACAUGACGAUUGCUGCGUCCACCGACCACGAUCACCUCCUCCCGUACCCGUUCGUGGUGAUGGACAUCCUUGAACGGUUCAAGGUGACCACCACCGUUGGCCCACUCACAAAGGCCACAAAGAUUUGGGCGAUCAGCACCCAAACCUUCAAGAAGCAGUCGGACAAUGCCGGACCUGCCACUGCCGUGCCACGGCCCCGUUCUGCUGCUGGCCCAGCCGAACCCCAGGCCCGGGCCAACCUUGCCUCCAUUGUUGACUCCCUCAACCAGGUGCACUUCAAAGUUGAUGGGAUGGAUGGCUACCUUGAAAGACAUGACAAGGCGGUCCAACGCCAAGGGUACGCCAUGAACGCGUACUUCCAACGCGUUAACUACGUCCCCCCACCGUACCAUGGCACGUUCUUUGGGCAGGUGUACGGUGAUGAGGACGAAGACGAUGCCUCCUACGACCCGUCAAGCUCCACGAACGAGGACGAGUUCGACGACGCCGUUGACGGUGAUGAGAUGGACGUCGACGACGACGAGGAGGAAACCGAAGACGAAGACUAGGACGCCCCUAGCAUUUCAAUCUCUUUUUUUUUAAUUAUCUUUUUUUUUAAUGCCUCCGUUGUACUCCUCUAUUUCCCUUUUUCAAUAAAUAAAAGUUAUCCUC